ACUAUUAAUAGUUGUAUUCUACUGUCAUCUGAAUAUAUAAUGAAUCGAUAUUGGCCGAUAUAAGUACGAUGGUCUGUCUUAAAACCUAGCACUCCUGAAAUCAGUUUUUUUUUAAAUAAAAACUGGUUGUUCUAUUAUUAAGGACUAUGAAAUGGUUUUGGCAUUUAUAUAAACUUUGUUAUUGGUGUGUUAACGUUUACUCAGAUUUGCCCAUUAUGUUGUUAGUGUUAGCAAAACGUAGAGUGUACUAUUUCAACUGCAUAAUAAUAACCAUAAUUAAUCAAUUUAAUUGGAAUAUGUCUGUAAUCGAAACCUAAUAUAAUUGUAUUUUUUUGAUUUGAAAUUUGAUGCUGUCAUUAUAAAAUAAUCAUCUGCACUUUUUUUCCUGAACAGUUGUAAAUAAUUUUUAUGCCACAAAGUCACACUAUGGGGUGAUUUGGUAUUGCCUUGAUUUCAAAUGUAACUCUAAAACUUUGCAUUUCAGGAGACUUAUUAUUAUUUUUUGAGUGAGAUUUUGAGUUAACUUUUUUCCGAGUGUUGACUUCAGUACAGAAUGGAUGACAAGGAGUUAAAGUAUUUGGUGGUUGAUAAAAACAUUAUCAAUGACCCUGCCAGACAAGCAGAUUGGACCCAAAAGCGCUUGGUGUGGGUACCUUCCAAGGAACAUGGAUUUGAAGCUGCCAGCUUAAAGAGCGAUAAAGGUGAUGAGGUUAUUGUGGAACUCACUGAGAGCCAGAAGAAGGUCACACUAAACAAAAAUGACGUUCAGAAAAUGAACCCACCCAAAUUCACAAAAGUCGAGGACAUGGCUGACAUGACGUGUUUGAACGAGGCUUCAGUUCUGCACAACCUAAAGGACAGAUACUACUCUGGACUUAUAUAUACCUAUUCUGGUUUGUUCUGUGUGGUUGUGAAUCCAUACAAGAACUACCCAAUUUACACUGAAAAGGUGAUUGACAUGUACAAAGGACGAAAACGACAUGAGGUCCCACCCCAUGUGUAUGCCAUAACAGAUUCCGCAUACAGAAGCAUGCUCCAAGACCGUGAAGACCAGUCUAUUCUUUGCACUGGUGAAUCUGGUGCAGGAAAAACCGAAAACACAAAGAAAGUGAUCCAAUAUCUGGCGCAUGUUGCUGCUUCACCUAAAGGCACCAAAGCCCAUGGAGCGCCGAGUCAUACACAUUCAGUGGCUUACGGUGAAUUGGAACAACAGCUUUUACAAGCUAACCCAAUUCUUGAGGCUUUCGGAAAUGCCAAGACCGUUAAAAACGACAAUUCCUCCAGAUUUGGAAAAUUCAUCAGGAUUAAUUUCGAUACAUCUGGUUACAUUGCUGGAGCUAAUAUUGAGACCUACUUGCUUGAGAAGGCUCGCGUACAUCAACAAGCUGGUAAUGAACGAACUUUCCAUAUUUUCUACCAGUUACUUACUGGUGCAAAUGAUCAGUUGAAACGUGAACUUAUGCUUGGUGACAUCAGUAGUUACCGAUUUAUUUCAAACGGGAUGCAGUCCAUCACUGGACAAACUGAUACCGAAGUUUUCCAAGAAACUUUGAGGGCGAUGGAAAUCAUGAACAUUUCCCACCAGGAUGUUAAAGCUAUGCUGAAAGUGGUCAGUGCAGUUUUAUCUUUUGGCAACAUGGAGUUUAAGAAGGAACGAUCAUCUGAUCAAGCAGCCAUGCCAGAUAACACAGUCGCACAAAGGAUUUGUGCUUUACUUGGAAUAAAUGUUGUUGAUUUUACCAAAGCUUUGCUUAAACCAAAGAUCAAAGUGGGCAGAGAUUACGUGAAUAAAGCACAAACAAAGGAGCAGGUUGAUUUUGCUGUUGAAGCUUUGGCUAAAGCUUUGUAUGAGCGACUCUUCCGUUGGUUGGUGGACAGAAUUAACCGUUCACUUGAUCGUACAAUGAGACAAGGGACAAACUUUAUUGGAAUCUUGGAUAUUGCUGGUUUCGAAAUUUUUGAGAUCAACAGUUUUGAGCAACUUUGUAUCAACAUGACCAAUGAAAAACUACAACAACUCUUCAACCAUACUAUGUUUAUACUGGAGCAGGAGGAAUACAGGCGUGAAGGAAUUGAUUGGAAAUUUAUUGACUUUGGUCUUGACUUGCAACCAUGUAUUGAACUCAUUGAAAGUCCGUCCAACCCACCUGGUAUCUUAGCUUUACUUGAUGAAGAAUGUUGGUUCCCCAAAGCUACCGACAAAACAUUUGUGGAAAAAAUGGUGAAGCAGCUUGGUGACAAACCUAAGUUCCAAAAAGCUACAAAACUGAGAAGCAACUGUGACUUUUCCAUCGUGCAUUAUGCUGGCAAGGUUGAUUACGUGGCAAAGAAAUGGCUGAUGAAGAACAUGGACCCACUUAAUGAUAAUAUCAUUGACUUGCUGCACAACUCAACUGAAUCUUUCGUCAGUCAAAUGUGGAAAGACAUGUCGAAGGUGGUUGGUUUGGAACAAUUGCAAUCUUCGGGAUCGGAGAAUAAAUUCUCAAGUGGAGCUUACAAAACCAAGAGAGGAAUGUUCCGAACUGUUGGCGCGCUCUACAAGGAUCAACUACAAAAGUUGAUGUCGACACUUCGCAACACCAACCCCAACUUUGUCCGUUGCAUCAUCCCCAACUAUGAGAAGAGACCUGGCAAGAUCAUGGCUCACCUUGUAUUGGAACAACUUAGAUGUAAUGGUGUGUUGGAAGGAAUCCGUAUCUGCAGACAGGGUUUCCCCAACCGCGUCCCCUUCCAAGAGUUCCGUCAACGUUACGAGAUCCUGACUCCAAACUGCCUUCCUAAAGAUAUCAUGGAUGGAAAGAAGGCAGCGAUAAAGAUGCUCACCGCUCUUGAUCUCGAUGAGAAUCUCUUCCGGAUUGGUCAGAGCAAGAUCUUCUUCCGUGGAGGAGUACUCGCUCAUCUUGAGGAAGAGAGAGAUUUGAAACUUACUGACAUCAUCAUUCAGUUCCAAGCUGCUUGCAGAGGAUACUUGGCACGGAGAAACUUUUCCAAACGCAAGGAUCAGCUUCGUGCUAUUCGAAUCAUCCAAAGGAAUGGUCUUGCUUAUCUUAAGCUGAGGAACUGGCCGUGGUGGAGAUUGUUCACUAAAGUUAAACCACUGUUGCAAGUUACAAGGCAGGAAGAAGAUCUCAAUGCAAAAGAGAGAGAAUUGAAACUUGUGCAAGAAAAGAAGGACGAACUAGAGUCUUCUUUGCAUGACAUUGAGAAGAAGUUUGCUCAGGUUUGUGAGGAGAAAAACAUGCUUGCCGAGCAGUUGCAAACCGAGCAGGAGGUAUGGAACGAGUCCGAGGAGAUGAGAGCCCGACUCGCUGCACGAAAGACGGAGUUGGAAGAAAUCCUCCAGGACAUGGAGGCGAGACUUGAUGAGGAGGAAGAUCGCAACCAAGGGAUGAUGCAAGAGAAGAAGAAGAUGCAAACCAACAUCAAGGACCUUGAGGAGCAACUGGAUGAGGAAGAAGCCGCUCGUCAAAAACUUCAACUGGAAAAAGUUACCUUGGAUGCCAAGUGUAAGAAGAUGGAUGAAGAUUUAAAUCUCUUGGAAGAUGCGCAAUCUAAGUUGCAACGCGAACGCAAAGCAUUGGAAGAACGGGUCAAUGAAUUGGAAGGAACGCUCGGUGAUGAGGAAGAAAAAGCAAAGAUGCUUUCCAAGCUAAAACACAAGAACGAAUCCGUAAUUUCUGAUUUGCAAGAGCGACUUAAAAAAGAAGAAAAACUUCGUCAAGAGCUCGAAAAAAUCAAGAGGCAAUUGGAAGCGGAGAUUGCUGAACUCCGGGAGCAAAUUGCUGAUCUUCAGUUGCAACUGGAAGAGCUGAGAGUUCAGAAUCAAAGAAAAGAUGAUGAGCUUGCUGCUCUUCAGGAUAAAUUUGACCAGGAACAAACUGCACGAAGCCAGCUCGCUAAGAAUCAUCGUGAACUACAAAACCAAAACGCUGAGGUCUUGGAGGAUUUGGAGCAGGAGCGAUCCCAGAGGAACAAAGCUGAGAAGCAGAAACGUGACCUCAGUGAAGAGUUGGAAGCUCUUAAGACCGAAUUGGAAGAUUCUCUUGACACCACCAAUGCGCAACAAGAACUCAAAUCUCAACGAGAGAGAGAACUUGAAAACCUAAAGCGAACGUUGGAAAGUGAAACAACUUCCUUUGAUACACAACUACAACAGAUGAGACAGAAACAUAACAGCCAAGUUGAAACUUUCCAAGAUGAAUUGGACGUACUAAAGAGAAACAAAUCUGCUUUGGAGAAAUCCAAGCAUUCAUUGGAAUCUGAGAACCAGGAGUUGCAGGAAGAACUUCGUUUGGUGUCAGGAGCUAAAACUGACUCGGAAACAAAACGUCGCAAGCAAGACCAACAACUGCAGGAGCUUAGCGCCAAGUUGCAAGACACUGAACGACAGAGAAAUGAUCUGCAAGAUAAGCUUAGUAAGGGCCAGCUUGAAAUUGAGAGUUUGUCUCACAACCUUGAACAAGUUGAAACCCAACUUUCAAGAUCACAGAAGGAAGCUUCACAACUUGAUUCUCAACUUCAAGAUGCUCAGUCACAAGGCCAGGAGGAAACACAAGCCAAGUUGAAGUACGCUCACAAGAUUAGGAGUCUUGAAGAUGAACGUACAUCAUUGGAGGAACAAUUAGAAGAGGAAGAAGAGUCGAGGAAGGCUGUUGAGAAGCAACUUUCAACUGCUAAUAUUGCUUUGCAAGACUUGAAGAAGAAAAUGGAAGGAGAUGCGGAAGCUAUUGAUCAACUUGAAGAGUCAAAGAAAAGAUAUCAAAGGGAACUUGAAGACAAAACCCAACAACUUGAAGAAAAGUCGGCACAAGCUGAUAAGUUGGAAAAAACCAACAAGCGACUCCAAGGUGAUUAUGACGAUCUAUCUGUUGAAGUGGAUCACAACAGAUCAGUGAUUUCCUCGCUUGAGAAGAAACAACGUCAAUUCGACAAAGCUCUUGCUGACGAACGAAUGAUUUCUGCCAAGAACGCAGAAGAGAGAGAUCAAGCAGAGCGAGAAGCGAGAGAGAAAGACACAAAGGCAAUCUCGCUUAGUCACGAAUGUGAUGAAUUGAAAGACAAGAUUGAUGAGUUGGAACGCGUCAGAAGAUCCCAACAAGCUGAACUUGAUGAGCUCGUCAGUUCCAAAGAUGCAACUGGCAAGAGCGCUCACGAGCUUGAGCGAAGCAAGCGUCUCCUUGAAAGCCAGAUGGAGGAGAUGAAGACACAGCUCGAGGAGCUUGAAGAUGAGUUGCAAGUCACUGAAGAUGCCAAGCUUAGGUUGGAAGUUAACUUACAAGCAGCCAAGACCAACUUUGAGCGUGACUUGAAUGCACGCGAGGAACAAGCUGAAGAGAAACGCAGAAGCAUUCUUAAGCAGCUCCGCGAGCUUGAAGCUGAGCUGGAAGAAGAAAGGAAACAAAAGUCGAACGCCAUCGCUGCAAAGAAGAAGAUGGAAAUGGAUUUCUCCGAUUUGGAAUCUCACAUUGAUGCGGCUUCCAAGGGGAAGGAAGAUGCUGUUAAACAACUCAAGAAAGCUCAGGCCCAACUUAAAGAAUAUCAGCGUGAUUUGGAUGAAGUUCGCCAAUCACGUGAUGAUCUGCUCAUCACAUCACGGGAAAGCGACAAGAAGGCCAAGAAUCUUGAAGCUGAUCUGAUGCAAGCUCAGGAGGAUCUUUCUGCAUCCGAGAGACACAGAAGAACUGUGGAAGCCGAACGAGAUGAACUACAAGAGGAGAUUGCAGGAGGACUCAAGGAUAAGAACGCACAACAAGACGACAAGCGACGUAUUGAAGCUCGUAUUGCUGAUAUGGAAGAAGAGAAUGAAGAUCUUGCUUCCACUGUGGAGAUUCUGGAUGAAAAGAACAGAAAAUUACAAUCUCAAAACGAGCAGCUUCAAAAUGAACUUUCAAGCGAGAGAUCUUCUCUGCAGAAACAAGAGAGCGCUAAAUCUCACUUGGAACGACAGAACAAAGAACUGAAGUUGAAACUGAGUGAAAUGGAACAAACAGUUCGUACCAAACAGAAGAACGCAAUUGCUGCUCUUGAAGCAAAGAUACUUAGCACUGAAGAACAACUGGAAGCCGAGGCUAAGGAGCGAUCUGCUGCCAACAAACUGCUCCGAAGAUCGGAGAAGAAGUUGAAAGAAACUCUUCUUCUCGUGGAUGAUGAACGCAACCAUGCCGACCAAUACAAGGAACAGGUUGACAAGGUAAGCUCUCGUGUGAAAGCACUCAAACGUCAACUGGACGACGCAGAAGAAGAAGUGUCACGCGCCAACGCUGCUAAACGUAAAAUCCAACGAGAUCUUGACGACACUACUGAACAAAACGAGACGCUGCACCGAGAAGUCAGCCAGCUACGUAACAAACUCAGACGCGGGGGUACGGACUACAGGAGCGGCGGCCAUUCAUCCAGAUAUCGACUUCAACAAAUCGAGGCCGACGAGCCCGAACUGGGUGAAGGCGACGCCGAAACUGCCCCAAAACCACAGUCCUAAACCCAGUGUACGAUAUUAUUUGUUACCAUUCUCUAUACACGGGCGUGUGAUUGAUUGCACAGUAUUACCGCACAUGCCACCCGUGUUAAUCGUUCAGUCUAUUACUUCGAGACCAAAAAUGCUUUCACGCUUUUGUUUGUACCGGUAUAGUUUCAAAAUGCCACCGUAUAGCACUAUCGUUCAUUCCCUGUAGAUAAACCAUGUGAUCUAAUUAUUUGUGCCUUGCCGCGGUGUCACGUGUGCUGUAGUGCUCCUCGCUGUACAUUUACUGCUGUGAUUUUGCGAAACGUCGCUUCAAUAAUCAAACCUUUGUACAUAGAAGCAAUUAAUGUAUUAGCGGCUGUACAUUUUUUUCUCAAAGCGUUACCGACCUAAAAUUGUGAAAUCGUCUAAAAUAACAAUAAUAUAGUUUGUACAUUUUUUCCUGGGGCCUUUUUCGUCACGAAGUUUCACUUAAAUGGGGUCGCCAUUGCCAAUCAUAAUGCCCACUUUAAUAAGAGUGUAUAAUUAAAAAGCAAGAGAAUAUAUACCCUAUCUUACUCCUUAUUUUGCGCACCUGUUUUUUGAUUGGAACGGAAAAGAGUGUUCAUCCUUAUAAUUAGUUGUAACCACGAUAUUAUAAUCUUCGGUGAUUUAACCAAUUGAUUGCUUGUUUAUUAAACAAGAAUUUUGAUUGAGAA